AUGCCGACCGAGCAAAUUCGCAUCCAAGGGGAUGCCGCAGCGUUGUGCGAUCGCAUCCGGCUGUUCCAGGAGAUGUGCACAAACCAGAUGGACGGUUUCCGGCCCGAGGACCUCGCCUGUGUCGCGCUCAGCGCCUGUGCAUCUCGUCAGCGCAGACCACAGAGUGCAGAAGGCUUUGACUACAUGGAUAUGGAAACGGAUCAGGAGAAGAACGACAGGCGGCGCAUCAUUCACAAGCUCUACAACCGCCUCCUCGUGGAGUAUAAUCAGGAGCAAAAGGUCAGCGACAAACAAGUCUUCAACGCCACCAGUGCCCUGUCCUGGGCACUCUUGCAAGUCACAAACAUCGACGAAAUGCGCAAGCUGGAGCAGACUCUCGACUCGGCGGAAAAUGUUCCAGAGUAUUUUCAGAACAUCAAGGUCAUACUGGAGGGAUUGGACUUUCAAUUCAAGAUAUUCCUGACGCAGCCCUUGUCGGACAACCAGAAGCGUCUUGGUGAAGGAGAGCCACCAGCGUUGAGGAGACCCAGGUCCAACAAAGUGAAGGAAACCUGCAUUGCUCGCGACGAGACCUGUGUUUUGACCGGGAAUGAAGAGCCUCAUGUGGUGCACAUUUACCCCUUCAGUGCCGCAAACGCCCGGCGAACUAGGUCAACCCUCAAGGACACUCUAGCUCGGCUGUGGGGCGCGGACAGGGAAAAGGCCAUCUCUGAGAAGCUCUUCCCAAACGGCACAACUGAGGGCAUCGACGUCAUUGGCAAUGUUAUAUGCCUCUCGCCGGACAUGCAUGCCGCCUGGUCUCGGUACGAUUUCGCUCUGUUCCCCAUGCGCCCAAAGGAGGAAAAGGCGGAGGCAAUGGGCAGCAAUAUAUGCGCAUCCGCUCGGGAGAUCCUGCUCACGACUGCCAUUGGAAUAGUAAAACAGCGGCCCCGAGCUUUCGACCUGCGUACGGGCGCGCCCAUCCUUGAUGGGCAGAUUUUCACCAUCAAAGCAGCGAUGAAAGAUCAUUUGCCUGACUACGACAUCCUCAUGCUCCAGUGGGACAUUGCGCGCGUGGCAUCGCUGUGUGGAGCUGCUGAGUCGGGCGACGACUACGAUAAAGACGCCUAUGAUGCAGACGCCUAUGAUGCAGACGCCUAUGAUGCAGACGCCUAUGAUGUAGACGCCUAUGAUACAGACGAUGAUAAAGAACAUGUUGAGGCCGAGAUGGAAAUGACUAAUGAGUCCUGGCCCAGCAUGGGCAGCGUGGCUGUUUUCAAGGUCCUUAUUGUUCCGGCCGUCAUCUCCCUGAUCCUCUUCCUCACGUUGACCUUCGUCCUCGCUCCCCUCUGGCGCAAGACUCGCGAGCGCUACGGCCAAUACGUUCCCGUGCACGCGAUACAGAGCAGCACCCUCUCCUUCGGCCAAAGUGUUCGCAGUGGCGUCUCCGGCCUCAUGGAACGAUCAAUAUGGCGCCGAAACGCGUCCCAGGGCGUGGCCAUCGGCAGCGAUCACUCCGACGAUGGCUUUGCAUCCGAUGACGGCGAGGAGCUCGGUCAAGUCAACCAGAACACGCGGCAGGCUAUUGCCGAGGAUGCGCGACGCAGCAGCCCAGAGAGCACGAGGAGGUUGAGUAGGGAUUUGGAAGAAGGAUUCAGGGAUGACAGCGACGACGAGGACAAUGGGCGUCGAGCCAGAUAG